AGCAACGUAGGCCGAGACGAUACUGGGUGAGGCCGUCUCUGAAUUCCAGAGCUACGUACAGUGGAAACGACCUGUUGGACGAUUUAAAUAGAGAUGAUGUCGACCCUCUAUCAGGUGAACUGAAAACGGACAGAAGUUUUAAAAACUUUGUAAGAAUGACCAGUGAGGAUUUUGAAUAUAUAACUUUAAUGAUUGGUCACAAAAUUUCGAAAAUGGAUACGAAUUACCGAAAGGCUAUUUCUGUAACGGAAAAACUAGCCGUAACCUUGCGUUUUUUAGCUACCGGAGAUUCAUACAAAAGCUUGAGUUACCUGUUCAAGAUAUCAAAAUCAACCAUAUCUUUGUUUGUACCUGAGGUGUGCGAGGCUUUAAUAGAUCUUCUGAAGGAUAACAUAAAGCUUCCCUCUACAGAAGAUGAGUGGCUACAUCACGCUGAAGAGUAUAACCUAAAAUGGAACUUCCCUCACUGCAUUGGCAGGGGAAAUGUUUCUGUUUCGUGUUUCAACGGCACAUAGUGACCGAAACUAGUGUUGCAAACAAAAGUUUGCAACUCCCUUUGAUCUUUACCGACUUCAGGUGGAAACAAAAAUUUCUGUUGCAAACACUGAAAAACUGUUUGCAACAGCGAAAU